AAGGACAAUGACGAGGCAAAAUGGCGCUCAAGGGAACCGUUGUUGCAAGGGCCGCCAUAGUGGUCGUACUGUGCGUCCUGAUCGACGCCAGAUCAGAGGAACGCCAAGCGGCAACGUUGUUCUCCUUCUCGAUAUCCAGUCGACGCAACUCCACAGGUCACCGACACAUCAGGGCUUUUUUUAGUACUCCAGACCCAAUUUUUUCAAGAAACGCGGGAGGAGAUGAAACCCUUUUCGACGUCAAGCAAAACAUAAACAUUGAAGGAAACAAGAAAGUUAUUCAACUCAUUUCAUCAGUGGUUGGAGAAACAUUACAAGAAGCGGGAUUCGAUUCCUGGAACUCAGGACAACCAAAUAAUCAUAAUGAUCAUUGCGGAACAAUCUCCAAAGCUGAAGGAGAGUUGUAUGACACAGACUGCGCACAAAAGCAUUUUUAUUUUUGUGAAUUCCAACUAUAA